CAACUCGACACUCGUAUUUAACGUUAAAAAGUACUUUCCCAAUUCCCUCUCCCUCCAAAGCCCCAUGCCCUAGAUUAGAACAAAUUUCUUCAAAUUUACAAAUAGGGCAUAAGGUGUUUGACAAAAGUCCAAAUAGAGAAAGGGUUGAUUCCAUUAUCAGCAAUCUUCUUCCUUGCAAGUUGUCCCGAGAUCGACGACUUCAUAUAUUUCCUCUCGAGGAAUGACAUUCAACAUUUUGUACUUAACCUUCCACUUGGGAAGAUGUUUGACAAAAGUUCAAAAGAGAAAAAAAGAAGGCGGAUUCCAUCAUCAACUAUAUUCUUUUGCAUGUAAGCUUUAAAUCUUCUCUUUCUGUGUUUUCAUCAUUUCUUUCCAUUUGGGUAUGUGUAUAUUUUGUUAAAUCAAUUAAAGUUACUUCCUUUACAUAGUUUUUUGUUAAAGCAUAAGAAGAUAUUUACGUUUGUCCCAAAAAUUUUAGUGUUUCGUGAAGAUACAAAUUCUUGCUGAGAUAAUGUGAUUCUUGUUUCUAUAGAGGCUUACGUUUGUCCCAAAAAUCUUAGUGUUUCGUGAAGAUACAAAUUCUUGCUGAGAUAAUGUGAUUCUUGUUUCUAUAGAGGCUAACUCUUAGAGUGUGUUUUUGGUACAAAUGUAAGUGGAGUUCUUUCUUAUUAUGUGUUAUUAAGUAAAUAAGGAGAAAUCUUGUUCCAAAAGCAUUUGUAUAUAAUCUAGAUAACUCUAGGGGGAGUCAGGGUUAGGAGGAGGCAGUAGCGGAUCCAGGAUUAUCAUUAAGGAGUGUUAAUUGUUGUAGUAAAAAUAUAAUUAUGAAAAUUGUAGGGUUUGAACACACGAUCUCUGGAAUUUUCGCAACACAUUGACCACUAUAUUAAACUUUUAACUUGUGUCAAUGCUUGUAUAUAUAUUUAUUAAACAAAAUUUGACCUCUAUAUACAAUAUAAUUUUCUGACCCCUUACCCAAGGGUGGGUCCGCCCUUGGGGUGGGGUUGGGAUGUGCUUGAAGGUGAGUAUUAGACAAUUAGUUUGUAUUGACAUUUAUAAAAGUUGUUUUCCCUACUUUCACUAGGAAAGUCAUUUUCUUCAAUUUGAAGGAACUUGUUUCUCUAGAGAAAAUGUUUUCCAAAUCUUUGACCAACUUAAUUGGAGAAAAUUGGAAACUACGUACCAGUGUUUUCAAAAACAUUUUGGGGCGAGUCCCAGGGUGAGUUUUGGGGCGGGGCGUACCAAAAACCCUCUGAGGCGUAAAUUAAAAAUGUAGAUCUAUAAGGCGUAAGUCCUAAAAUUUGAGGCAUAAGCCCUGAACAUAAAAACGUAAUUCAUGGGCGUAAAAAGUACGCCCCGGCGUUUUUAAUAUAUUCCUUUUAAUUUUUUUGCUUUAAAUCAUAUUUUUAUUAUUAGUGUAAUGAUAUUUUCUCUAAUAAUAAUGAUAAUCCUUCUUUCUUCAUUAUUGAAUAUUAAUACUUUAUCUCACAUAAAAAUCAUAAUUUAUUUGAAAAGUUUACUUUUGCUUAUUUUAUUUAGUAAUAAAAUUAUAAAUUUGAAUAUACAUGCGACUACGCCCGUAGAUCCAUGGAACUUACGCCCCGUGUCUCGAGGCUUACGCCUCGCCCCGUACUAUAUAAAACGCCUCGCCUCACACCCCCGCCUUUUGAAACACUGCUACAUACCAAACACACCUUUAAUGGACGGUGUUCAUUCUGUGAGAAUGCAAGUAAUGGAUAUUAAGCUAUGUUACAUGGAUUUCCUUACUGGUACAUACUCAGUCUGGGUAUGUCAAGUAUAUUUUUCCUUCUGAUUGAAGAAUCUGCAUGAAAUACCCAAGCUAAUGUCCUGCCUUCAAUAUAGAUAUCUCAAGGCAAAUUGCAUCUUAGGUAUUAAAAGGAGAUAGUUGACUGAUUUCAACAAGAAUGCACCUUAAUUUGUUAUGUUAGUUUGACUAUGUGAAUAGAUGUACUAUCCAAAUAAUUUGAGAGUCCUUACUUCAUAUUAUUGUUUAUCGCUACAGAAUUUUAGUGAUUAGUAUUGUAAGUGUUCCUUUCGUUCGUAUGUUGAUCGCAAAACGUGUAUAUAAAUUUCAUCCACAUUAGUUGGAGAUCCUUACUUUGUAUUAUUGCUUAUUUUCUACAAUUUGUUGGUGAUUUUUGAUAUAUGAUGCCUCCUAAACGUUGAAAACAUUGUCGAAGUUUACUUCCUGCCGUUCUUAGCUACCUUCCUGAUAAUAUAACCGAUGUCAUUCUGAUGCAUUUGACGUGUAAAGAUGCUGUGAAAGCAAAUACCGUAUCAAAAAACAAUGGAGGUAUCACUGGUGUAGACUUAAAGAGUUGAAGCUUUGAGUCUCUUUGGAAAACAAAAAAGGAUUUACUGAACCCUACAAUAAAAUUUACAAAGAUUAUCUACCAGCUUUUGACAGUUCAUGAAGGACCCAUUACUAAGUUUACCCUCAAUGUUGCUUAUCUAGAAAGUUGUCCUGAGAUCGACAACUUCAGAUGUUUCCUCUCGAGAAAUGACAUUCAAGAUCUUGUACUUCACCUUCCACUUGGGAAGAUGUACAAAUUGCGCACUUUUCACAUGUUCACAGUUGAGGCAUCUCAAUCUUCAUAAUUGCUCUAUACAUCAUCCAUCAGCCUUUCAAGGGUUCAAUAAGUUAAUUAGCCUGGAACUAUGUGGAGUCACAAUUUCUUCUGAAGUGCUGGAAAAUUUAAUAUCUCAUUGCCCUUUGCUUGAGCAGUUGGUACAGAAAAUUUAAGGUUGACUGUGAGGAUGAAGAGGAUGAUAGUAUUCUACAAUGCUUUAAACUUGAAUAAAUCACCUCAGGGAAGUUAUGUUGCGAUGCUUUGUAGGAACCACACCUGAGACGCAACUCAUCAAGCUUUUGUUAGCCAAGUCCCGUGUGUUGCUGAGAAUACUAAUUGAUACACGUUAUCUACCUGAUAAACCUCUUGACACAAGAUCAAAAAUAUUUGCCAAGGUCUCAAAUUUUUUGAUAGCAUCACCUAAAGCAUAAGUAGUCUACAUAGAUUUUUAAGCAGAUCAAUUAUUGGCUUACAAGUUGAAAUUGAAAUGAGAGAAACAAAGGUUGAUGUAUAACAGUAUGUUUUGCUUGGGAACAUGAGGGUUGUCAGAUGAAUGUUUUGAUUAAUUUGUUCUGUAAUUACACUGUCACUACAUGUUUUAAGGAUUUUACAUUUACUGCUUGUGCAUGAAUGCAUUAUUGAAUACGUAUUACACAUGAUGGCUUAUUGAGGCUGGUGUGUACAGUUAGCUUUGUGUUUGGAAGCUCUUGCCUGUUUGCAGUAUUGUUGCAACCAUUUAUUGUUUAACUAACCCGUGAUUAGCAAAGAGCUGCAGAAACUAUGAUUAUGAAUUUGUUAUAGAACCUAUGAGUUGACAACUUCAUAUGUGGCAUACAAGAUCUUGUUCUUCACCUUCCAUUUAGAAAGAUAUACAAAAUUGCCUUUUUCACUUUUCAUGUGUUUGCAGCUGAGGUGUCUAAACCUUCAUAAUUGCUCAAUACAUCAUCCAUGGGCUUUUCAAGGUUUUGAUAAAUUAAUUAGCCUUGAACUAUGCAGAGUCACAAUUUCUUCUAAAUUGCUGGAAAUUUUAAUAUUUCAUUGCCCGUUGCAUGAGCAGUUGAUGCUGGAUAUCCCAAAAUUCUGAACAUUAUUGAAAUUGAUCCCCCAUGCUGCGAUUGUUUGAUUUCACUGGCAAUAUAUGUUCUUUGCCUUAAGAAUGUCCCUCUUCUGGUAAAAGUAUUCUGGUAGGUUACAAUAUGAAGGCAGUGGAUAUUGAUUUUGAAAAGGUUUUCGAGUCUUGUUCUUCUCUCGAGCACCUCCUCUUUAAAUUCCUUAAUAUCUGGUUAUUUGCUGAAGAAGGAUAUGAAGCACCAACUAGGCUUCCUUUUGAUCUUAACAGUGCCAAUUGAUUUACCUACCUGAAACUCUCCUGGUGGAGUCAUGUUCACUGUGGAGAUGAAGAGUAAUUGUUUCUAGAAUGCCUUGAACUCGGAUGUUUCUCAGAUGUGACAUUAAAUCACCUCAGGGAAGUUAAGCUGGAACGCUUUGGAGGAACCACGAUGCAACUUAUCAAGCUUUUGUUAGCCAUGUCCCAGUGUUGGUGAGAAUGCUAAUAUAUACAUGUGUUCUACCUCUUGACACGAGGUAUCAAAUUUUUUUUGUGCAUCACCUAAAGCAGUAGUAGUUUACAUUGAUUAAUCAGAUCACAACUUUUGGGUUAGAAGUUAAAAAAUUUAGAAGAGAGACUCAAACGUUGAUAUAAUUGGUCUAUAACUAUGUGUUUACCAAUUUAAAAAUUUAAAACUAAUUAUUCUUAGAAAAUAAGGAGUGUUUCUACUAAUUUACCCCUAAUUAAUUGCCUUGAAGAAAUAAAUUAUUCCUUAAUCCUAUAAAACAUCAUGUAUCAAAACAAGGGUUAUUCUGGAAGAGUUCGAUUAAUUCUAUCUCCUUUUUUUUCACACGGUGUUUGAAGCCCCAACUAUCUCCGAAUUGCACACUCUAGGGUCCAUUUGGGGGUGUCCUAAGCCUUGACUAACUUUGGAUCGCGCACUCUAGGGAUCAUUUGGGGGUGAAGCUCCAACCAUAUUAAGCAAUAGUCCCACCACUGCACCACAACCAUCCUUGUAGUUAUUUCUUGAAAUCUUAUAACACAACUUCUUUUAGAACGGAGAAAGUACCAACUAACCUUAUACAUGAAGCUUACUAUUCCUUCUGUCUAUUAUUACUUGUCCAUGUUUGCCGUAACAUAUUCCUUAAUUAAGAAACAACAAGUAAAAGGAUAAUUUUACUAUAUCUCCUCUAUUAAUUAUUAGUCAUCUAUGCUACGGUAUUAAUAGUACGAUUUCAUUACAAGAGUAAAAUAGACACAGAAUUUCAUAUUUACUAACUUGACUAAUAUCUAUUUGUACCAUGUAUAAUUGAAAAUACUUUUUCAUUCUACCUUGUUUUUCUCGCGCUCAAUAUCUGUAUUUCACUUGAAAUGAAAAUCGAAUCUGACCCGGUAAUAUACUAUAAAGUUUCCCCACAAUUUCUCUCUUUCCGAACUCCAUGCCCUAGAUUAGGGUAAAACUCAUAGAGGCAAUUUCGAAGAGAAAAAGGUAAUUCUUCUUCCUUGGUAAGCUUUAAAUCUUUUUCCAUUAUAAUUUGGUUAUUUUUCUGCAUUUUAUCAUUUUGUUUCGUUUUUUUGAUGAACUUACAAUCUCUGAAAAUAAGUGUUUUGGGCGAAUUUAGGAUUUUCAGAAUAUGAGUGCAGCAGAAGAAAAUGUAUUAAGCGGAAAUUGAUCCCUGACUCAUCUAGGUUAAUAACUCAACAUUUUCAAUCAAGUGCACCAUUUAAUUUUACGAAGAGACCACGGGUUUAUGUGCCCUGUAAUUAGCAUAUAAAUUCACCCCUGGAAUUUAAGUUGCUGGUUUCCUUUUGGGUGUGUUUGUAUGUUCCUAAAGUUGAUAAAAGUUAUUUCCUUUUUGUAGUUUUUAGUUUCAAAGCAUAAGAAUUUAUAUAAGUUGGUCCAAAAAAUCUUACAAAGAUAGUGUUUUUCUGGAUGGUUCAGAUUCCAGUGGAGUUGAAAGAUAUUAUAGGUGAUUUCUUUGUAUCUGCUUAAGGCUGACGGGUAGAGAUAUCAGAUAUAUUUACUGGUGGGAGGUAGUAGGUACGUAGUGGCAUGGGAAGGCUUUAACCUGCUUACUCGAUUUUUUUUCCGUGUGUACUGCAACUUAGAACUCUUUGGAGUGUGAUGUUCAUGUAGCAUGUCAUAUUCCUCCGGGGAUAUUUUAAAAUGAAAUCGUGUUAGUUCAUAGGUUUCUGUGAGUGAUGAAUAAUUUUGGUUUGAAAAAUGGUGAUAGUUUAAGAUAUUUUUCACCUAAGUCUUUUAGCCUUCCCCUUGUUUUCUUCUUCAGAAAAUUGAUGCUAAUUCUUUUCCACUUACUGUGUAUAUAUGUGUUUCUAUGUCGUGUCGAACUUGAAGGCUGAAAAAUGGGGGUCUUUAGUUUUCUCUGUGUGUAUAUAAUUUCUAAAUGUUGUUUUUCGCUUACAUUCUCUUCCUCAAUUGUUAAGGAAAUGAUCAAAUGGUUCAAUAUAACCUAUUGGAUAGAAUAUUUGAAUACUAAAAUAUUUCCUAUGUUGAUUUGGCUUUGUGAAUAGCCGCUCUGUCUUGAUAGUUUAGAGAUUCCUUACUUCAUGUUAUUUUCUAGUUACUUCAUUUUGUUGGUGAUUAUUGUUGGAAGUGUUCCUUUCGUUCUUAUGUUGAUUUGACUAAAUGAAUAGUUGUUAUGUCCAGAUAACUUGAAGAGACCUUAUUUCAUACUAUUGCUUAUUUUCUACAGCUUCUCAGUGAUCAUUGUUAUAUGAUGCCUCCUAAGGCAAGAAAGUUUGGUCGAAGUGUACUUCCCGAUGCCCUUAGCUACCUUCCAGAUAAUAUCAUUGAUGUCAUAUUGAUGUGUUUGCCUUCUAAAGAUGCUGUGAGAACAAGCAUCUUAUCAAAGAAAUGGAGGUAUCACUGGUGUCGUCUUACAAAGUUGGAGAUUGAUGAUUCUCUUUGGAUAACAAAGAAGGAUUUACUGAACCCUACCAUAAAAUUUAGGAAGAUGAUGUACCAGUUUUUGAGCCUUCAUGAAGGGCCAAUUACUAAGGUUAGCCUUGAUAUUGUUCUUCUAGCAAGCUGUCCUGAGAUUGACAACUUCAUAUAUUUCCUCUCGAGGAAUAACAUUCAACAUCUUGCACUUCACCUUCCACAUAGAAAUGAAUACAAAUUGCCUUCUUCACUUUUCACAUGUUCGCAGCUGAGGCAUCUAAGUCUUGCUUAUUGCUCAAUACAACAUCCAUUAGCCUCUCAAGGAUUUGAUAAAUUAAUAAGCCUGAAUUUAUGUGAAGUUAAUAUUUCUUCUGAGUUGCUGGAAAGUUUAAUAUUUCAUUGCCCGUUGCUUGAGGAGUUGGGUCUGGAUAUUGGAGACAGGUUAGACGCAAUUGAAAUUAAUGCCCCCAUGUUGAAAUCGUUUGAUCUCACAGGCAAUAUAAGUUGUGUCUGCCUUAAGAAUGUCCCUCGUCUGGUAAAAUUAUUGCUGUAUGGUGACUAUAUUCAAGCAGAGGAACUUGAUUUUGCAAAGCUUUUCGAGUGUUGUCCUGCUCUCGAGCACCUCCGCUUUUUCUUGCUUGAUUCCGGGUUCUUUGCUGAAGAAGGAUAUGAAGCGCCAACAAGACUUCCGUUUAAUCUUAACAGCGUCAAACGCUUUUACCUGCCUGACAUUAAGCUGGUCGAAUCACACAAGCUUUCUUAUGCUCUAUGCUUAAUAAGAAGUUCCCCGUAUCUAGAAUAUCUCGAAAUACAGGUUCAUGACUAUAGAUAUGACGAUGAAGAUGAAGAUGACGAGGAUGAACCUAUUCCAGAACCCCUUGAGCUCAAACAUUUAUCGGAUGUGACAUUUAAUCACCUCAAGGAAGUUAAGCUACGCUGCUUAACAGGAACAACUUCUGAGUUGCUGCUUAUCAAGUUUUUGUUAGCCGAGUCCCCUGUGUUGGAGAGAAUGCUAAUCGAUCGACAGUUUCUUGAUCAAGAACAGCUCGAUAGAAGAUUACAGAUAUUCGCAGAGAUAUCAAAUUUUUCGCGGGCAUCGCCUAAAGCAGAAAUUGUCUACAUAGAUUUACGCGGAUCUUUGGCUUAGAAGUUGAAAGACUGAAAAGAGAAACAAACUUAAUGUAGUAGUAUGACAUACUCGUUUAUUUCUUUACUUGAUCAAUUGCAUGUAUGGCACAGCUUGAAGGUAACUAUGAGGAUUUUAUUUUAACAUUUCUUCGGUUUAUUGA